CGGCGAAGGCGGCACAACUGGAGGCCAGCAAGAGUUUCUCAAAGUCCUUCAUGGAUCGUCAUGGUAUUCCAACGGCUCGCUGGAGCUCCUUCACUGACCCAAAUGAAGCUUGCAGAUACAUUCGAGGGAAAAGACGGCAAAAGUGUAUGGAGUCCAGACUUGAAAAGCAAAGCUUACUUUACACUGUUGACGUAUUUCCUGCUGAAACAUGAAGUUGGGGCUGGACUUGCUAAGCGACUCGUGCCAUUAUCUUAAAUAGCCAAUAAGCAUAGUCAUACAGACACACACACACAUUCCUCUGUCCACCGUGCUGCUGUUAGAGAGUGAAACUGACUUGAGAUCCGAACAAUGAUCAAACUGACCCUGUUACAAACAAAAACAGUGCAUCGCGGACUUCAUUAAUGACGAGGCAGGAGCUGUUGUGCAAGACAUGAAAAGCGAAAAUUACAACAUAUUAAUGUUUUGAAUCACACUACACUAAAUAGAGCAAAGAAAACUUUCUCGUGAUGUACAUCCUAAGAAACCUCUGAAAAACGGCUGCAUUAAAUAUAAACUCCAGACACUUUCAAUGCCUAACUCACGCAAGCGCGUUCCAAUCAGAAGUGAUAGUCCCUAUGCCCUAUUGCCUUCAAAGACAGUUACCCUCCACUCUGAGGGCUUCAUGGUGCUAAAAGGUGAUAACGGUCAGUCACAACUCACUUCAACAGUAAUUAUUAGAGGAAAUUCUGUUUAUCAGCGCAGGUGAGAACACAGCCAUGUGCAGUGAGCGGAUUAAUGGGGUGGGUGCCUUCUCAUUCUAGAACACAUUUGAUUGGACAAAGUCAUGAUUUGACUGCGUCUUUCUAGCCGGAAGAGUGAGACUGCAGAAUGUAAAUGCUUAUAUCUUCUGAAAAUGAAUUUAGUCAACCUUUAGAAGUACGUUGGCAUAUAGAUGACCUUAAAGCUUAUAGAUAUGGACUAAAAGCAGCAAAACGUUCAUUUUGAACUUGAAACACAUUCACAUUGUUGCUUUUGGAUUAAAGUGUCUGCUAAAUAUGUUAAUCAAACCGAAGGCAUCUUCAAGACUUUUUAAAUGUAACGUGUCUGUUUAUUAGAGAUAAUAUGUGUGUUAUUGUGUUGGUUCAGGUCUGAGUUUCCCGCUCUGGUGGUAAAAGCGAGUGGUCUGGCUGCAGGUAAAGGUGUUGUCGUCGCCCAGGAUAAAGACGAGGCUUGUCAGGCGGUUCUGGACAUGAUGAAGGAUAAGACGUUUGGCUCUGCUGGUGAGACUGUGGUGGUGGAGGAACUGCUCGAAGGAGAGGAAGUAUCUUGUUUGUGUUUCAGUGACGGCUUCACGGUCUCACCGAUGCCUCCAGCACAAGAUCACAAGCGUCUGAUGAAUGACGAUCAGGGACCGAACACAGGCGGGAUGGGAGCGUACUGCCCAACGCCACAGGUUUGUAAUGAAAUGUUGGAAGAUAUCAAGAAAUUGGUUCUUCAGAAGACCGUGGAUGGAAUGAGAGAGGAGGGAACACCGUAUGUGGGUGUGUUGUAUGCAGGGCUCAUGUUGACUAAACAGGGACCAAAAGUCCUGGAGUUCAACUGUCGGUUUGGUGACCCUGAGUGUCAGGUUCUGAUGCCGUUGUUGAAGUCGGAUCUGUAUGAGGUGUUGAAGAGCACUCUGCAGUGUACACUUUGCUCUAAUCCAGUGGAGUGGCUACAGGAUGCUGCUGCCGUCACUGUCGUCAUGGCCAGUGGAGGAUAUCCUGGAUCAUAUAAGAAAGGCCUGGACAUCACCGGUUUGUCUCAGGUAUCAGAGAUUGGCAUCCAGGUGUUUCAUGCUGGCACUGCCCUGAAGGAAGGGGGCGGAGUUAUUACUAACGGUGGGCGUGUUUUGACGGUCACCGCAGUUCGGCCCAGCCUUGAGAACGCGUUACACUGCGCUAAUGAAGGUGUGGCUUCGAUCAGCUUCCCUGGUGCCGUUUACCGCAGUGACAUCGGCCACCGCGCCAUUACUUACCUCACUCGCACCAGAGGACUGACGUAUAAAGACAGUGGUGUGGACAUCGCCGCUGGAAACAGACUGGUGGACAUGAUCAAACCGCUGGCGAAGGCCACAUCACGAGCAGGGUGUAACGCAGAGCUCGGCGGGUUUGCGGGACUCUUUGACCUGAAAGCAGCUGGUUAUAUUGACCCCAUCCUGGUGUCUGGAACGGAUGGAGUAGGCACUAAACUCAAGAUUGCUCAGGCGUGUAACAUUCACAGUUCGUUGGGUCAGGAUCUAGUGGCCAUGUGUGUGAAUGAUGUUCUAGCUCAGGGUGCAGAACCGCUCUUCUUCCUCGACUACUACUCCUGUGGACGUCUGGACGUUGGGGUCGCGUCUGCUGUCAUUGGUGGGAUAGCAGAAGCUUGUCAAAUGGCUGGAUGUGCUUUAUUAGGUGGUGAAACGGCAGAGAUGCCGGGUGUGUACGGUCCUGGUGAGUAUGAUCUGGCAGGGUUCUGUGUGGGGGCCGUGGAGCGAGGAGCCGUUCUGCCCCGACUAAAGGACAUCAUGGAGGGAGAUCUGCUCAUUGGUGUUGCCUCAUCUGGAGUUCACAGUAACGGCUUCAGUCUGGUGAGGAAAGUUCUAGAACGGACCGGAUUGCAGUACAGCUCACCUGCUUCGUUCGGACAACCAGGACAGAAUAUCGGUGCGGUUCUCCUCACACCAACAAAGAUCUACAGUCGUCUGCUUCAGCCAAUCCUACGCAGCGGAGCAGUCAAGGCCUAUGCCCACAUCACGGGCGGUGGACUACUGGAGAAUAUUCCUCGAGUUCUCCCAGCAGAACUGGCUGUGGAUCUGGACGCGUCACUUUGGCGUAUUCCUUCUGUGUUCUCGUGGCUUCAGCGUGAGGGGUGUCUUUCAGUGGAGGAAAUGAGCCGCACGUUUAACUGCGGUCUUGGGGCCGUUCUGGUGGUCAGUAAGCAGGAUGCUCAGAGGGUUUUGAGGCUGCUACAGGCACAUGAGGAAGCGUGGAUUGUCGGAUCAAUCGCUCACAAACAACCUGGAGCGGAGGCUGUAGUCAUUAGAAACCUGGAGGCGAGUUUAAAGGAGAGUCCCGGGUGUUCACCCGACACCAGCGCCCUGCAGAACGGAGCAGCUCAUGGGGAAAACUCCACACGCAAGAGGACCAAAGUAGCUGUGCUCAUCUCUGGAAAUGGAACUAACCUACAAGCUCUGAUAGAUCAGGCAAAGAAACCCUCAAGCUCUGCUGAGAUUGUGGUGGUCAUAUCAAACAGACCGGGUGUACAGGGACUGAAAAGAGCUUCCAUGGCUGGCAUUCAGACACGGGUUGUGGAUCAUAAGCUGUACGGCAGCAGAGCUGAGUUUGACGGCACUAUAGAUAAAGUUCUGGAGGAGUUUGGGGUGGAACUCGUGUGUCUGGCUGGAUUCAUGAGAAUCCUCACGGGACCCUUUGUCAGGAAAUGGAACGGAAAGAUGUUGAAUAUACACCCAUCACUGCUGCCGUCAUUUAAAGGCGUAAAUGCUCAGAAGCAGGCGCUGCAGGCUGGGGUUCGAGUUACUGGCUGCACUGUGCACUUCGUGGCGGAGGAAGUGGACGCUGGAGCCAUUGUUGUACAGGAGGCGGUUCCUAUCCUGGUGAAUGACACCGAAGACAGCCUAUCAGAGCGCAUUCGAGAGGCAGAGCACCGUGCCUUCCCUGCUGCAUUAGAACUCGUUGCCAAUGGCUCUGUGAAGCUGAGAGAUGACUGUCGGAUCAUGUGGAAUCAGUCCUUUCAGGGAUAGUUACAAAUAGACUAGGUUUGGUCGGUACAAGACUUAUGACACUACUGAAUGCACACACUAUUUCAGACUUAUGUGAUGUUUGUGUGAUCAGAUGCACUGUACUCUGUUUACAAAUUGUGACCAUUUUUACUAAAAUGUUUUUGCUUAUUAAAAGCUCUUGAUAAC